AGUGGUUCGAAAUGCGAGCGGGGCCGACGUCGGGCAUUGAUAAUCACGAUCACAUCGAAUUCCACACGGAAAUCCGCUCGUGCUUCUCCAAAUGAUCUAGACAUUGCCCCAUUGAGGUUGAAAACCGGAGGUUUCCCGUUGUGUUGCCAGUGCUUGCCCUUCAGAUAGCAGAAUAUGAGCGGCUACAGAUCGUAUGUCCAAUGGCCUAAUAAAACGAGUUCUUCAAUUAACAGCUAUGCAGUGAAGAAGGAACCGACUUUGGGAGUAUCAAAGUUCGAUUCGGGUCUAACGAGAACUCGAUCGGACGUCAGCAAGAAGACAGAGGACGAGAAGAAUCGCCUUUCGACCAAAUACAACGCGGGCCUCUCCACUUAUCAACCAGGUUACACAGCGAGGAGCGAAUCGUCGAGAAUUAAACCUCUGCUGGACAAGAAAGACACCAGCCAUCCUCCUGUAACCUACAGAUCUCUUUCGAGAACAGGCUCUCGAUCUCGCGAUCCCAGCCCAGUGGACAAAUCCGAAAAGUCCUCCUCAUCAUCAUCGAACUACAAUUACAACAAACUAUACCCUCGGCCUUACCAAAGAUCAGCAAGCAGAGAACGCACGGAAUCGUUAAGUUCCACAACAAUACCCAAAUAUGUGGGUAGAACAUCCAGCAAAGACGAACCCUCUAGGUACGGUGGUCGUUCAUCCAUAUCGAAAGAUGAUACACCUAAAUUCAAGUCGACCAGUCGAGCUUCUUCCAAAGAAGACUUAUCCGGCGGGUCGCAGAAAUACAUCAACAGCAGAUUCCUGCCGAAAAAUACGGUGGAAAAGAGCUACACAGCUUCCUAUUCGAGACCAUCGACUAUAGCUAGAUCAAAUGAGACUUGUAGGAAAAAUAGGGAGUUACUGAACGUCUUGCACGCCCAACAAGAGCAAGAAAGAUUAAGCAGAUCGUCCAGUAGAUGCUCUUCGGAUGAUAUUUCACCAAAAUCUAAUGCGAUUGUUGAUAUAACGCCUAGUAAGGAAGUGGAAAUGGUGACUAUUACUGUAGUUAACAGAGGAACUUCGCCUACGCAAAUGACACAACCGACGAAUUUCCUGCGAAGCAGGAGAUUGGAAAUAGCGAAGACUGUCGAGAAACAAAUCACCAGACCAAAAAUACGCGUUCACUCCACGGCGGAUAAGGAAAUACAAUCGGAUAGAAUGGACGAUUCGACGAAAUCAUCGCGUUUCGUCGGCGCUUCCAGAAUAUCCUCCACUCCUUGGUCGUCGUUUCUAGACAUGAAAUUCUCCAGUCCUUCGAAGAAAUCGUCGAAAUCGGACGAAUCGAGCGACAGCCCGAAGAGCCUAUCGCGCGCCAGCUCCACCAAAAGCGUCCACCAUUCGUGCACCAAAACCGACAAGCCCAAAGAGCCGAAGAAAUCCAAGCUGGCCGCGCCCAAGAAGCAACUGCCGCCGCAGAUUCCGAAAACCGACAAGCAACUACAUUCCAUCAACUCGGCCAACAAGGAUUUCCGGAAGUCCGUGUUGAACAUGAACCCCGAAGGGAAAUCGGGCAAAUUGGGCAGAAGGAGCCACUCGGCGAGCUCCGCCGAUUCGGACGCCAACGACCCCGACGUCACGGACGUCUCGGAGAAUCUGGCGACCUGCAAGUCCUACCAUUCGAAAUCGCAGGGCGAGAAUUCCAGCAGGCGAUCGCCCAGCUCGGAACCGAGCGUCACCACGACCAGCGGAAGCGAGGACGAUUCUAAAACUAAAAAAGGCAAGAAGAAACUACGCAGCAUCGGCUCGUCUAGGACUUCAAUAAACCUAUCAUCAGCCGACGAGCUACCUAACGAUAAAUGCCCUAAACCACCCCAAAGCCCCAGAUUAAAGACUGAAGUAGAAGCUAAAUCGUUACUAAUGCGAGCUUUAGCGCCAGUAACCAAUUUAUUCAAACCCAAACAAACAGGUUCACCCGAAAGGGUGAAUUGGAUGGACCCGAGUUCAGACAGCAAUCCGGAUAGUAACCAACCAAAUCUUGCCAAAAUAGUGGAACCAAUACCGGCGAAAAUUAUCAUCCAUCGAGUGGAAUCCGGCGAACAACCCUGGUGGUUGCAAGAAAACAACGAAACUAAUGAAGACAACGAUGAGACGAAUGAAGAACUCAAACCGGACACCAAUUACAAAAUAACCACCCAAAAAUCCGGCGAGCUACCGUGGUGGCUGGACGAGAGCGCGGAUAUACCCGAAGGGGUCGAUACCUACCCGAAUUGGGUGCGAGAGGACGGCACCACCCAAGACGGCAAGGUGAUCUACAAAAUGAGAAAAUACGAUUCCGACGAGAGCUCCUGGUGGUUGUCCAGCAGCGACAAAACCCACACCAACACCGACUCCAAACGGGACCAGACCAACCAGGAGUUUCCCGAGCAGCACAAACUCAGGCACAUCGAUUCCGGCGAGCGGGCCUGGUGGCUGAACAGCUCGGAGAACCUCAACGAGCUGGACAACAAAGGUUCGCAGGACCUGCCGCCGCUGGGCGACAGGGCCAGCCCGGAGGGACUGGAGAUGCCCAAGGACGAAGAAGGACGAAGGAGCCCGUACGACAACGUGCCGAGCACUUACAGGAAGAACAAACCGCCUCCGUUGUUCAUCUCCAAGCACACCAACAUCGACGAGGUGCUGGGCGGGACCGGGCAAAUAUGGAGUCCGUUUUUGGAGAAGAGCUACUCCUACGGGAAUCAAGGAACGGCGCGUUAUGGACAAACCAACAAAAUAUCAAAUUUUGGACCUCCAGAAUCCACAGACAAUAAGUUGGAUGAUGCGGCACUUCAGCUGUACAAAGACGGCGACUAUGGAUCUUACCUUGACCUCGAAGCGUCCAUUAGCGAACAACAGGAGGAGUUCGAGGGUUUCCAAUCGAACAAGAAAAAUUCCAUUGUUUUGAGGACACAACUGUCGGUUCGAGUGCACACGAUAAUCGAAAAACUGCUAACAUCCGAGGGCCGGGAGCUCCGACGCGCGCUCUUCUCCCUCAAGCAAAUCUUCCAAGAGGACAAGGACCUGGUGCACGAGUUCGUCCAAAACGACGGUCUAUCAUGCCUGAUCAAAGUCGGCUCGGAGGCCGAUCAGAACUACCAAAACUACAUACUGAGAGCCUUGGGCCAGGUGAUGCUCUACGUCGACGGCAUGAACGGCGUCAUGGAGCACAACCCCACCGUCCAAUGGCUCUACAGCCUGAUAUCCUCCAAGUUCCGCCUGGUGGUGAAGACGGCCCUGAAACUCCUCCUCGUCUUCGUCGAAUACACCGAAUCGAAUUGCUCGCUGCUGAUCAACGCCAUACACGCCGUCGACAGAUCGCAGCGAUUCCUGCCCUACCACAACAUCAUGAAGCUGCUCAAGGACUUCGAAUCCGCCGACACCGAGCUGCUCAUCUACGCCAUGACGUUGAUCAAUAAACUCCUGGCCGGCGUGACCGACCAAGACGCCUACUACGAUCAGAGCGACGCGCUCGAGGAGCAAGGACUCGAGAACGUCAUCCAGCGGUACAUGUCGAAGCCGGGCACCGAUCUGGAUCUGUUGCAGCAGUUCCAAAUCUACGAGGCGGUGCUGCAGUACGAGGACGGCGACGAGGCGGUGAUAUCGAUGAGACACCUCGACGAGAACGUCAGGAAGACCAUCAGGCACCGGAAAUCCGGCGAGGCGGGCGACAGGCGGAAGAGCAGGCGGCACUCCACCGGCAACACGCCGUCGCAUCCCGGCACGUUGAGGAACAGCUUCAAAGCGAAUCUGAUACUGCAGGACGAAGACGACGAAUCGUCCAGUUCCCAAUCGUCGGGCAUCAACAACUCCCAACUCAACGGCGGCUACAAGGAUAGCAACAAAGCGUUUGAAGCUGGCGUAACGCCCGCUUUAAAAAGGCGAAGGGAGCGCGCCGAGCGACAACGCAGCUUUCUAAAGGAGCAGGAAUCCGUUGGAUUCUUCAGGAAUUGCUUGUUGCACGAGGCCAAACACGAAAACGAGAACGGUAACUAUCCGUUUCUGCAAAGGAAGCUAACGAACGAGAACGGAGUGCUGCGCACCACCAGCCGCAAAGACCUCACGCCUCUGAUGAACGCCGUCAACAAACUGGAUUCCGAAGAAAAACAACAACAACAGCAGCAGCAACAACAACAACCGUGGAUGUACUCGAUCAUCCAGAACCAGGAGAACGUCGAUGAGCAGAAGCUGGCGAACAACGACAACGAACGCAACGUGUUGCUGCAGCUGCAGCGCGAGAACACCGUCAAGGACAUCACGCAGAAGCUGGCCAACCAGAACAUCGUCCACGGCCCGCCCGACGACGGCAAGAUCAGCCGCAUCGGCGACAUGUCCGGCCUGAUAUCGAAGGCCAAGGAGGGCCUGGCCAAGUCCAAGUCGAAGGCGGACGUGCUGAAGGGUCCGACCAACGAAACCGUACCAAAGAUGGAGGCGAAGAAGUCCGAGAACGAGAUCCGAUGGGAGGAGCUGCGGGCGAACCUGAACCGCUCGCUGAAUUUGUGUGAUAUGGAUUUUACCGAUUUAGGCAGCGACGACGAGGUCGAUAUAUUGGCGCCGGUCGCCGUCGCCAACGGGAUACCGCCUCCGCCACCGCCGCUCGCCGAUUUGGAGUGCGGCGCGCCGCCACCGCCGCCGCCCGUCAGCAGGAUAGUUCCGCCGCCGGCGGCGCCGCUGCCGCCGCUUUUCGCUUUGCAACGACCGAACAGGACCGCUGAAACGAAGAUACCGAUCAAGAAGAGCAAGAAGACUGUGAAGCUGUUUUGGAAGGAAGUCAGGGACGAUCCGAUCAGCCAUGUUAAGUUGAAAACCGGUUUGAUCUGGGACGAACUGCAUCCCGUCAACGUCGACACGCAGAAAUUGGAGCAUCUCUUCGAAUCCAGAGCUAAAGAUCUCAUUACCAAAAAGCAGCAAGAAAUGAACAAAAACAAAGAAAUAAUAGUACUGGACCCGAAGCGUUCGAACGCCAUCAACAUCGGCAUGACCAAAUUGCCGCCGCCUCGCUCCAUCAAAACGGCCAUACUGAAAAUGGACGCGACCAUAAUGAACCGAGAGGGCAUCGAGAAGCUGCUGACCAUGCUGCCCACCGAAGAGGAGCGCAGCAAGAUCCAGGAGGCGCAGGCCGCCAACCCGGACAUCCCGCUGGGCAGCGCCGAGCAAUUCCUCCUGACGCUGGCCUCGAUUUCGGAGCUGCCGGCCAGGCUGAAGCUGUGGGCGUUCAAGCUCGACUUCGAGAACUCCGAGCGCGAGAUCGCCGAGCCUCUGAUGGACCUCAAGCAGGGAUACGAGGUGCUGCGCGCCAACAAAACGUUCAGGGGGAUCCUCAGCACGCUGCUGUCGGUGGGCAACUUCCUCAACGGCAACGAGGUGAAGGGAUUCCAAAUCGAGUACCUGGCCAAAGUGCCCGAAGUCAAAGAUACUGUUCACAAGCAUUCGUUGUUGCAUCACCUUUGCCAUAUCGUCAUGGAGAAGUUUCCUGACGCUACCGAUUUGUAUUCAGAGAUUGGGGCGAUAACACGAGCUUCUAAAAUAGACUUUGACGAGCUGGCCCUUAACAUCCAAAGACUGGAAUCCGAUUGCAAGUCGUCGUGGGAUCAUUUGAAAGUUAUCGCCAAGCAUGAUGGUUCGACGAUGAUGAAAGUGAAAAUGUCCGAUUUCCUAUCGGAUUGCGCCGAGAGAAUCAUACUCCUGGGCAUCGUCCACAGGAGGGUUAUCAACAGGUUUCACAAAUUCCUGCUGUGGCUGGGCAUACCGUUGCACCAAAUAGCCGACACGAAACCGAACGAAUUCUGCCGAGUCGUCUCGGAGUUCGCCUUGGAGUACAGGACGACCAGAGAGCGAGUCCUGCAGCAGCUCGAGAAGAAGGCCAACCACCGCGAAAGGAACAAGACCAGAGGCAAAAUGAUCACCGAAGUGGGGAAAUUCAGAUCGAAGGAGGAUCGAGCCGACGCCGAGCUGCGCCAGCUGCUGGGCAGCGACAUGUCCGACGUGGAGAGCCUGCAGGGCACGUUGCCCUGGCGGAGGACGCGUCGCGAGAGCACCAGGUCCUUCCUGAGCCCCGGCAACGGCAACCUCACCGACGGCGACGACGAGCUGCUCGAGAGCUUGGUGAAGAACGCCACCAAGGGCCCCACGACCAGGACCGCGCCCAGGGAGAGGAAACGCACCAGGCACGUUGAUAGGAAAUCUCUCAAGCGUUCUAGAACUAGAGAAAAUAUGCCGUUCGGUAGCAGAGAUUCACCGUGAUUUUAGAUGUUUCUUUGUUCGCAGAACUCUGAAAAACGGCUUAUCGGAAGAGGAGAAGAAACACCUAUCAGCGUACAUCAAAGGGUAUUAGAAAAUUGUGCUGUGUCCAACCGAAGUUAACGAAUAAUUUAUUUAACCACGUCCGAUGAAAGGCAUCUUGCGAAGAUGCAACAAGAAAUACUGACUUUAUGUGAUAAUAUUUAUGGCUGCUCUCGCUCACCUCGUUGUUUUUAGUUUCUAAUUUAUUUAUCUACCCGCGUAUAUUCGUUUUUUUUUCAAUUAAUUUAUUAUUAUUUAAGGGUCGAGAAUCAGCCGUAAGAUUUUCUAUUACAUCUAUGCGCCUGCCCGAAGCGGCUGAACUAGUCUUCAAAUAUCUCAUUUUGGUCUUGUUCUCGUUUCGCUUAGGUCUUAGAUUCAUUUAAAACGGAUCAUCUCGACACGAUUACUGGCUAAUUAGCGUAAACGAACGAUUUUUUUAUAUAUAAUUUUGAUUUUCAUUUUAUCGCUGUGUUUUUCGUUUCAUUUCGAUUUAGGCUAAUUGUUUGAAAUAGUGUAUAAAUAAAGUUUUGUUAAUAUUGUU